UCAGGCUGGCGAUUCCUUUCUCAAGUGGGCACUUGACUGCUUCCUUUAUCUCUCCCCGUCCUACAUCCGGGCUUGUGUCCGGCAUUGGCUGUUCUAUCGUGAGAUAUACCACUGUUCUAAGCCUUGAUUUCAGCAGCACCUUGCUACCCAAGCUUCCUUUCCAAUACUCUCGUUCCUUCUUGUCUUUCUAGUCGAAAGCAACUUCCCACACUGCUUGUAAAAGCUGCCAAUCGCUGAUCAUAAUGUCGACUACAACGCCAGCAUGGAAGGCCUUGGAAGCCCACCGGGAGCAAUUCAAAUGCACCAUGCGUUCCAUGUUCGAGCAAGAUCCGGGCAGAUUUGAGAAAUACCUUGUCAAGAUGCAGUCAGAAGGUGGCGAGCUGCUGCUCGACUAUUCCAAGAAUAUCGUAACGGAGGAGACAGUGAAGCUGCUGGUUGCUCUGGCCAAGGAGCGUGGCGUGGAAGAGCACCGUGCUCGUAUGUUCGGAGGAGAGCGCAUCAACUUCACCGAGGACCGUGCUGUACUUCACGUUGCCCUGCGCAACCGUUCCAAUACCCAGAUUACUGUGAACGGUGAGAAUGUCAUGCCCCUUGUGAAUGGAGUGCUGGACAAGAUGAGGACUUUCUCAGAGUCUGUCCGCAGUGGCGCGUGGAAAGGCUUCAAUGGCAAGGCAAUUACUGAUGUCAUCAACAUUGGAAUUGGUGGAUCCGAUCUGGGCCCACUCAUGGUCACCCAGGCCCUGCAGCCGUACGCCAAGGAGGGACUGCGUGUCCACUACGUGUCCAAUAUCGACGGCACGCACUUGGCCACAACCCUCGCCAAGCUCAACCCGGAGACUGCUCUCUUUGUGGUGGCUUCCAAGACCUUCACCACUCUGGAGACUAUCACCAAUGCUACCUCUGCCCGCUCCUGGUUCUUGGAGACAGCCAAGGAUCAAGCAGCAGUUGCCAAGCAUUUCGUCGCCCUGUCCACUAACGAGAAAGAAGUGACAAAGUUUGGCAUCGACAAGAACAACAUGUUUGCUUUCUGGGAUUGGGUCGGUGGUCGCUACAGCCUGUGGUCUGCUAUUGGUCUCUCCAUUGCCAUCUACGUUGGUAUGGAUAACUUUGAGAAGCUGCUGGCUGGUGCACAUGCCAUGGACAAGCACUUCACCACUGCGCCACUGGAGCAAAAUAUCCCAGCACUUCUGGGACUUCUCGGCGUGUGGUACAACAACUUCUGGGGCGCUCAGAGCUAUGGCAUCAUGCCAUAUGACCAGUACUUGCAUCGCCUGGCAGCCUACCUGCAGCAGCUGGAGAUGGAGUCGAACGGCAAGUCCGUCCAGAAGGAUGGCAGCCGUGCCAGCAACACUGGUACCAUUGUGUGGGGAGAGCCAGGCACUAAUGGCCAGCACGCCUAUUAUCAGCUUAUCCAUCAAGGUAGCAAGCUGAUUCCAUGCGACUUCUUGGCACCAGUCAAGACUCACAACCCAAUCAGUGGAGGUCUGCACCACAAGAUCCUGCUGGCCAACUUCUUGGCCCAGACGGAGGCGUUGAUGAAGGGCAAGACACCGGAUGAGGCACGUGCUGAGCUGGAGGGUUCUGGAAUGUCUGGUCAGCCACUGGAAGCACUGCUGCCACACAAGGUCUUUGAUGGCAACAAGCCAACCAACUCAAUCUUGUUCACUGAUCUCAACCCGUUCAUGCUCGGACAGUUGAUUGCAAUGUACGAACACAAGGUCUUCACCCAGGGCGUCAUUUGGAACAUCAACUCCUUUGACCAGUGGGGCGUUGAGUUGGGCAAGCAGCUGGCUAAGGUUAUCCAGCCUGAGCUUGCCGACGAUGGUGCUGCCAUCACCAGUCAUGACUCAUCCACCAACGGUCUUAUUAAUUACAUCAAAAAGUCAAGUCAGUGAAGCGUUAUCCCGGAGCCCACCUGGGGCGCGCACUCUCUGCAACUCUGCAACGAUUGUCAUCUUUACUUUCCGCUUUUCUUGUUGGUCCUAUCAGAUCACCGGCCUAAUCAUUCAAUCAUCACCACCCGUCAACAGUAUGGUUGAUAUGUUCCUGUUGUGCCCUGCCCUCGCCUCCUCCCCCCCCCCCCCCCCCAGCAUUACUUUUAUAUUCAGAUUUCUAGAAUUCAGUUCUUUAGUGUUACUUCUCCUGGAUAGGGAGUACGGUUGUUUUGUUUUUUUACUUCUUUCCUGCGGAGAGCUGGUGCUGUAUGCAUCUAUUUGACUGGCUCACUAGUUUCAGCUGUUUCUUCUCUGUGCUUUGCAUUUGCUGCUCAGUGCACGGUACAUCAUUACUGUUGCCUAACCGUGAAGUGCAAGUUUGCUACAUUCAGCUCAUAGGUAACGCGAUUAUUUUAAAUCUGCAAUUUUUGCCCAC